AAGUUUCAAUAUUUUAUUGAUUAAAGUAUUUUAUUUUGCUGAUGAUUAUAACUUUAACCCCUUAAAGAGAUAUAAAAAGUUAUGAUACUAGUAAAUUAAGUGACCUGCGGCGAACAGGAAAGCAGUGUUCUCUGAAAAAAGUGAUGUCUGCUUCAGACAGUCAUCAACCUACACCGGUAAAACAUGUCAUGUUCAACCCAGUAACUCCUGACGUCUCACCACCCACGACCAACAACAGCCUGUCACAGCAUAUAACACCCAACACCCAUCAGUACUCUCGUAAUACAGCAGCUGAUACAAGCAACAUCACAAGUGUGGAUAUACAAGAAAUGGAGCAAGUCCGACAACAUCUGCAACACAUGAUGAAAUCAAUGCAAGGAUUUAACCUUGACUCAGACGAUGAACAGAGGCAGUCAGAUACCCAUGAUGGAGAUGGUUUUGACAAUUCUAUGUCAAGUGUUGAUACUGCUGCAUUUUUACAAAAACUGCUCCCAAAUUCGUCCCCAUUAGAAGAGUUGAAGGUCCAUUUUAGCAACAAGUCUCAGGUCCCAGAGGGUUGGCCUUCUACCUCUCAUCCUACCAAUGGUGAGACUAGAGGUUACCCUCAACUUUCUGGGAAAGUUGAUCGAGGUGUGGCAGCGGAAAACUCCCUGCUGAAAGAGCAUCUUGAGAGGGAGAGAUUCAGGAGAAAGCAUUGUGAGCAGCAAAUACAGGAGCUUCAUGGCAAGCUUUUGGAAACCCAGCAAGAGUUGGCUGUCGCUGUGUCAUCGGAGAGAAAGAAAGACGUCAUGAUCGAGCAACUGGACAAGACGUUGGCCAAGGUUGUUGAUGGCUGGAAGAAACACGAAAACGAGAAAGUAAAUGUUAUCAACACCUUGAAGCAAGAACGAGAAAUGCAGGAAAAAUCACAUAAACAACAACAAGAGAUGUUGCUCCAGUUCGAGAAAGAGCUGUCGCAGGCCGUGGAGGCUUUAACCAAAGAGCAAGAAAGGGCUUCACAGGCUGAAAAAGAGAAAGAAUCUUUUAUCGCAAAGCAAAAGUCCGAGCGGGAAGAGAUAUUACAGAUGUUGUCAAAAGAGAGAGAAAAGGUCAAAAAAGCAGAGGAAGAGAAAAUGGAGAUCAUCCGAGAAAAGGAACAAGCACAACAGAGAUACCUGGAGGCCCAGGACACCAUAGAACAGCUAUCAGCCAAAAACAAAGAUUUGCAGCGUCAGUUUGCAGACCUAGAGGAGGAAUUUUCAGAAACGCUCAGGGAAGAAAAGAAAAAUUUAGAUCAAGAGAGAAAGAUUAGCAAGGAUUCGCACGCGCUGAUCUCCUCCCUUCAAAAGGAAGUUCAACGUUUGGAGAUGGAUCUAGACACGACAACACGCGAAAAGGAAAGCAUCCGUAUGGAGAUGAGUCUAAUGGAGGCGCGUCACGAGGCCGCUCGCGCUAAGGAGGAGACAGAGAGACAGGCAGAACUUGAGCGACAGAUGAACGAACGCCUUCAGGAGCUCCAUGCACACAUGGAAAAGUCGGACAAGAACAUGAGAGAGGCUCACAGGAAACAGAUUCAAGAAAUCAGUAGCAAACAUAAGGAGGAGUUACAGCAACAGCUUGAGAGAUUCCACCAGGAUUUGAAGAAGAAGGAUGCGAAGCUGAAGACCACGAGCCAGGAGUACGAGGAUAGGUUGUACAAGACACAGGAAAAACUCGCUGAACUGUCAAACGUACGGCAGCUGCUGGAAAACGAGAGGGAGAAUCUCACGAUUCGAAUGCAGAACAUGAUGCAGACACAUUGCGAGGAGGCUCUUCGUGUUUUAGGGCUCACCAACAAGUCACCGGCAUCUUCAAACAUGCAGCUAUCCGAGCUAAAGUCGAGUGUUGUGUCGAGUUUUGCUGGUGGUAAGCACCCGUCCCCAUGUGUCCACCAGCAAACAUCUGCACCGGACACAACCACCAACAGCUACGCGUCUGUGCAGAAACCUGUCUCGUUAUCGACCAAUCAUGUGCAAGGAUAUACGACGUCAAUUCCACAAACCAAUCAGAUACGCGGAUAUGAUGCCACGCCAUCAAUCUCAACCAAUCAUAAGCAAGGAUACGAUAUUGCACCGUCUUCAGUCACCAAUCAGAUGCGAGGACACGAGCCACGAUCAAUCACUUAUAACCACACCAGCAUUACAGCUCCGCUCACCACAGGGUACCCAGAUCAUCAAGAGUCUUACAUGGGACGUUACGCAGGCAGCGUUGCAGACAGCAAUGUCUCGAGAGGAGAGUUUGCAAUGUCAGACAGAUCCAGCAUGGACUUUGUGCCUCUUAAGAUAGUACGGGACGACCAUGAUGAUAGCAGCGUGAUCAGCGGUCUUCAUCAGUCGCCCAUGCCUGCGAGCAUGGCCGGUGACACCUUACAGCAUACAUUACUGGAACAAGAUUUAGAAGAAACUAGGAUGACGGCAACCACACCCGACCAUGGGCAUCUUGGCUUCCAAGAUAAUAGUCUGUCGGGAAAGUUACAAGAACAAGAACAUCGUCAAGCGGAACUCAACCACUAUGUUAGCAUGCUUUUGAAGAAAUCGCCUGGACAACCGAUAGAUGAGACGAGUGAGGACGUGCCCACAGGACUUCACUCUAUUCCAAGAUCCGACGUACAAGGCCCACAGCACGGCGUUAUCUCUCCCAUCAAACCUGCCACCACAGGCUACCCACCACAGUGGCACAGCACCGCAGGGUACCCAACACGGUCGUACAACACAUCGUUUGACUCGAAUGUUUCCAGUAGAGACCAAUCACAGCGUUCUGGUGCCCAGUCCUCUGCAAUACCAGCGUUCACCAAAUCUUCAGUACCUACUGCAUUCAGCACCGCCAGGGAUACGUCAAUGACACAAGUACCGGGUCGCUACACUCAUCACCAGACCCAUCCUCACACUCCGCCAAGACGCGACAGGGAUCCCAGUAAUAUGGGAACGGAUAAGCUUCCUUCAUUGACUCCUCGCCAGAUGACACAGCUGUCCCAGCUCAUGGGUCUAAUGGGCGAAGGAACUGGGCCGGGUCUUCCAUCCGCUGAACAGCUGUAUGGCAUGCUCAGGUCCAUGCAACAAAGGCCUACCGAUGACAUCUCACCUUCUCAAGGCACCAGAGAUAGUGGCGCUAGCAAAGCCAAACGAAGUCUGGACAGCAGUUUCCCAUCAAAGCCGCCAAAACAGAAUUCUCAGGCGCCCUCUACCAAUGCACAUCCGGGACAUGUAAGCAGUACGCUGACUAAACCUACAGAGGCAUCGCGGGCGCGACAGUCCGUGGGCAGCACUGGGUCUCAGAAGUCUGGGCCAUCAGCACAGGAAGCCCGACAGUCUGCAAAGCCUCCAGCCGCCAGACCUUGUCCUAGUGGAAAGACCGAAAAAAGUCGCAACCCCAAACAUAGUAAACUCUCCAAUGCAUGGAGAUGAUAAACGUAACGAAUUAACCAGCAAAGGCGCUGAGGACGUGACAGAACGUUUUUCAUUUAGUUGUCAUGCAAUUUUGAACGACAAUAUAUAUGAUACACGUGCGCUGAUUGCGUGACAGGCCCGGGGGGGGGGGGGGGGGGGGGGGUUCUUCAGGGUAAAAGUGAUAAGGAUGCUCAUCGGAAAAAAAAAUUGCUACCCUAGAAAAGUCCCUCAGACGCAAAAUCUACCCCUAAAA